AUGAAUAAACAAACACGUGAUGAUAUGAAUCCAGAAGAAAAACUUAAACGUUUACAUGAAUUAGAACAAAAAUUAAUUGGUGGUGAAGAAAUUAAUAAUGAAGAAAGAAAAAAGAAACGUAAAAAGAAAUUAAAUGAAAUGCGUGAAAAACAAGAACAACGAAAUCAUUUUAGUCAAGCAAUUGAUACUAAUGAUGAAGAUGUAAUGAUGCGAGUAUUUAGCAAUGCACAAGAAGAGCUUCAUUUUACAUCGAAAAAAUUAGAACAAAUACGUUUAGAAAAUAAGCGUUUAAAAAUUGAUAAUGCAGAUUUACAACAUGAAUUUGAAAUUGAUCGUCAAAGUUAUUUUAAUACAAUACGUACACAAGAAAAACAAAUACUUCUUUAUCGUACUAUGCUUGAAAAAAUGAGUAAUAUUGUUGAACGUAAUUGUAAUUAUAGUAAUCUUGAUAAAGUAAUUGAACAAUCUCGUUAUGAUGAAGAAAGAAAUGUAUAUUUUGUACCGGAUCCAUUUCUGGAAGAGGUACAAUUUCCACAAGUUGUAAAUCUAUCAACACCAACUAAUGGACGUGCAUUUCAAAGUAUACCAUCAUCUCCAUCAAAUAAUUAUUAUUAUAAUAAUCAAUUAUCUAAUAUGGAUCCUGAUGAAAUUGAACGACGUUAUAGUCGAAAUAUUGAUGUAUCAACUGUACCCAUUGGAAAAAUACGUAAUAGAAGACAAGAACAAUUAUUAAAUGAAAAUGCUUUAUUACAAAGUAUUAAAAUGAGUCCAGGACAAAUGAAUAAUCUUGAAAAUGAUUAUAUGAAUCGUCGUCUUAAUCCAUUUGAAUCACCAUCUCGACUUAAUCGUAGAUAUGGCUAUUCGCCAGAUGCAUAA